AUGGAUGCGAUCAUUCAGAAAUUAACUCAUGAUAACGAUCUGUUCAAUGACCAGUGGCAGGAUACGUUCAAACUUAUCCAUGGAACGCCAAUGACUGUCAAUUCGAAGUUAAUUUUAAAUGCUUUGGCUGAUUAUGUUCUUGAAGAUUCAUCACCAUCGAUUCCUAAAUAUAUAUUGAUCACAACGGUAGUUCGACGCAUGAUCGACGAGAAUGUCUCGAUUGAAAGUGAAGCUUUAGUGAAGAUUCUUGUCAAUGUUAUCAACCGAUCGAAAACAGACGAAUGGAGUUUACAUCUGCUUCAAACGAUCUAUGUGAAUUUUCAGAUUGGUGAACAGCUAAUAACGGAUCCAUUGAGAAACGAUUUAAUUGAACAAAUUCUUAGGAGUUUACAACAGAAAACUUUCGUUUUCACAUCCGAUGACGACAAACAGCGAUGGCAAGCCUUUUUGUCUCACAUACUUUUCUCCCGCUCCAUACAUGAUCACAAUAUUCUCAACAAACAACAAAUUCUUACAAAUAUGAAAACAGCUUUUCAACAAUUUUAUCAACACGCUGUACAACAAUCUGGUCAGUGUUCAAUAUGGAUGGAUAUUGUUCGGAUAUUCGAGACGUCUUUGCCAGAAAUUUACCCUCCCGACAUAAAUCUUCCAAUAGAAUGCAUAUCACCUGAUUACGUUAAUCAUUUGAUUCGAACCUACAAAGAAAAUAUUGAUCUAAUUAAGACGAAUUUUAGUCAACUAUUGAACAUAAUCGAACAAUUAGUUCUCAGCAAUCAAUACGAAUAUGCUCACUUAUUUACAAUGAAAUUAAUCACUCCAAAUUUGUCCACCAUCGAUCUCGAAAGUCUUCUACGCAAAAUGAUAGCUCUUUGCGCGAUGGUUACAGAUCGCGAUUCGUUAUGUACAAAAAUUCUCGGCGAACUCGUGUCCGAAUUAGUAAUAUCAAAUACAAUGAACAUCUUUGCUGGACUAUACUUUGAUUUAGCCAUGGCCAUUCUACAACUACAUACAAUCAAAGCGCCACGAUUCUCACGUGAUUUGCUACGACUAAAAGACUUUUACUCGUGGACAGAAAUGGCCGAUAGUCUUGCUGAAUUGUUGAAAAGAUGCAUUUCAUAUGAUGCAUUGAACAAUACAGAAAAUUUCAACAAUCUUGACUGUUUAGAAGAUAUCGUCGAGAUUAUCGUUGAUAAAGGACAAGUUUAUUCAAAUAUUGGUAAAGUCUUAUACCCAAUUGCUGUGGAAACUAUUCUUCGAUGGUCGAAUUCAGAUUUGCAUUUCGAUACGCAUGUCUAUCGGACCGGGAAACGGAUUCUUGAUUUAAUUGAUGUUGAACAAAUAAAUGAAGAAAUAUGUAUAAAACUUAUUACUGCAUUACAAAAUCGUGUUAAUCAUUCAAUAAAUGGAGAAUUCACUAGAGAUAAUAGUUGUUUUUUUACAGAAAUCUCCAGUCGUCUUGCGAUGUUUUUCCAAAAGCAUCAAAGAUUAUCGACACGUGUUCAUUCAUUAUUGUCAGCUCUUUUUACAUCUCUUUUGGAUUAUCCAUCGUAUGAUGAAGAUCAAAAUCCAUCGUUUGGACAUAUUCUCAUGGCAAUUAUGACACUACGAGUAGCAAUGACUGUCUGCAACGAAAACGAUGCUCGUCUUUAUGAACCGUAUCUUGAUCGAGUAUAUCAGAUGGUUCAAAAUGAUGAACAAACUAGUUUAUACCAAUGGUGGAUCCAGUUUUGGCUGAUCAUGGGCGUAAAAAUACCAAGUGUUGCCGUAAAUCACAUCGAACAAUUCUUGGAGCACACUUUCAAUACCAAAGAUAUGGAUUUUUGUGGGCUGUUAACAACUUUGUAUCAACUCCAUCCCGAGCUGUUCUGUCAACACAUAGAUAAAUUAGUUAACUUUUUAUUGAGCGAUUACGGACAACAUUUGAUGUCUUUAAGUUGUUUAUUUCAAUUAAUGAUGCGUGAUCACCCGGAACGUAUUAUUUCGAAACAUAUCGAACAAAUAUUUACAGUAAUCGAAACAGUUCCAUUCAACAGUAGUCUGUGUGCAUUUAUUCAGUCAUUGAGUGCCGUAGUGAAUUAUUAUCCUUAUUUAUUUCACUCUCAUCGCGAUAAACUCUUUCAAUUUAUCAUUAGAACACCAAGUUUGCUCAUUUAUCAAUGUUUCCAAAAAUAUUUAGUUAUAUCUAUUCUAACUAGCGAUAAAAGCAAGGCGAAUGAACAAAUCGAUCAUCUUAUUGAAAUUUUAACCAAUGAAAAAUGUUCCCAGCAAAUGCAAAAAGAAAUCGUGUAUACAUGUCUCUUGAUCGCAUUAAAAGACAAACGAUUGUUAAUCGAUCGACGUGAUGACUUUGUGAUACCAGAAGGAGCUCUAUUACUGAACUAUUUGGAUGAUACAAUCGUCCAUGAAGCCGAGCAAGCAGACAUUCAACGUGCUCAGGCGGAUCUAAAACAAAUAGAAAUCAUUGUUCAUCAAACGAGAGUGAAGAUGCAUGAAAAUCAGCUUGCGAUUAGUUACAGUGACAUUCCCGCAUGGGCAUCCAAAGUAGCCGAAGUGUUGAAUCGUCGGAGUAAUAAAGAUUGGCGUUCACUCGCUAAGCAACUCGGAUAUUCGCUAACGGAAAUCAAACACUGGAUGAUGAAAAAAGAUCCUUGUAUGGCUCUCUUUCACGAAUGGUUUACAACUCAUGAGCUAGAUGAGGCUGUGUUUAGUCUUAUAAAAGCACUCGCUAACAUCGACCGACACGACGCUGAACAAAUUAUUCGCCAAGCUGCUUUAGAAGCAGGACAGGUGAUUCCAGAUGAUCUUUCAAUCGAUACAAAACGUCGACCGCCAAUUUAUCUUUCGUUUCAUUCGAGUAACAUCCAAUUCACAACGACUUUGAAGGAAAAUCUAGCGAACACUGGUUAUCUUUGUCAACUUUAUGAUGAACAUACUGAGUUGAAAACUAUCCGCGGAGCAAAAGUAAUCAUCUGCUGUAUCGAUAGAUUCUAUAUUCAAUCGGAACAUUGUUCGAAGAUGAUUAAAAUGCUCUUAGAUAUGAAAAAACCAUUCAUUAUUUUGCAUAUCGACGAACAAGCGUCUUGGCUUCCAUGUGAAGGAAUAUGUCAGUCUGUUUUCCAUGAUUCUACUUACAUAAAGUUUGGUAACUCAAAGAACAACGAAGAUUGGCCAGAAAACUCAUUCCCCGAAUUACUUGCGCAUAUUCGUUAUUAUGUCGCACCUGAUUGUCACACGAUUACCGAUAAAUAUCAUCAUUGGUUUGUACCACGUUUAAACGACCUUAUAUUUCUAAAAUAUCUAUCCAAUGAACAUCACAAAACCGAUGAGAUCUCAUUGGAUAAUCUACCACUGGUUGUCCUUCAUCCACAGAUCGUUCUUUCUUACCAGUGGGAUUCUCGACGAGAUGUUCUUCUGCUUUACAAACACCUGACACAGCUAGGAUAUCGAGUCUGGCUGGAUCUAUUUCAAAUGGCAGGUGGAGAUACUCUAGUUGAAAAAUUCGAUGAGACAAUUCAACAAGCUUCAUGUCUACUUGCUUGCAUCACUCCAGCAUAUAUGAAAGCCAUACAUUGUCAACAUCAAUUAUCACAAGCCAAUAUGCUUCAAAAAUCAGUCUUACCGGUAUUAUUAGAAGAAACUGCAGCGUGGUCAGUAUCGGCUGUCGAUUGGCGACAAUCGAAUGAAUGUGAUCGUUGGAAAGGAAGACAAUUUGAAAAUCUGCUUGCUCAUCUGAGAAAAAUUGUGCCAACUGUACAGGCAGAUAAACCACGACAUUUGUUAGAAAUGCAACGACCUGUGUCCGCUUCUCGAGAGCACGUUGAUCAUAUUCAUCAAAGAUCAAAGCGGAUAUCAAGUGCAUCGUUAGUUCCCGAGAGUCAAGCAUGUUCAGUUAUGUAA